UUCAGAUAUCUCAUCCUGCUCUCGCGACAGGGCAAAGUGCGUCUAGCCAAGUGGUUCACCACGCUUGCACCCAAAGACAAAGCCAAAAUCGUCAAGGACGUCUCGCAGCUGGUCCUCGCCCGCCGCACGCGCAUGUGCAACUUCCUCGAGUACAAAGAUACCAAGAUCGUAUAUCGCCGAUACGCCUCGCUCUUCUUCAUCGCCGGCUGCGACUCCGAGGACAAUGAGCUGAUUGCCCUCGAGAUUGUCCAUCGCUACGUCGAGCAGAUGGACAAGUACUACGGCAACGUGUGCGAGCUUGACAUCAUCUUCAACUUCCAGAAGGCCUACUUCAUCCUCGACGAGCUGCUGCUGGCCGGCGAGAUGCAAGAGAGCAGCAAGAAGAACGUGCUGCGCUGCAUUGGGCAGCAGGAUAGCCUUGAGGAUAUGGAGUACCUCGAUUUGUGCGCACUCCACGAGGUCAACCUCGCUCUCAACUUCGACACCCAAGACACGGCGAUCAUCGGUGGCUGCGAUCUCUGGACCGUGAAAGCGGCCGGCAGCGAUAAGAAGCUCUACAAACGCAUCGAGAACACGCUCGAGGCCAGGCACAAGGAUCAUCUCGCAGCUAUCGCAGAUUUGUCAGAGCAAUCCGCAGCGCAGUUUGCGGACGAUAUUGACGCCGAAAGGGAUACGCCGUUCGGCAGCUUCAACGAGGCAUCGAACAGGCACUCGUUUGCCUAUCUUAUCGCUACUUUGAAUGCGACGCACAUCGACUACGACUUCGCCAACACUCUGAACCCAGACGAGUUCCGUCGCGAGACCCAGCAGAGCUUCAUGCACAAGGUCGACCAGACUAUGUACUAUUUGCGACCACAGGUGUACUCAGCUGGCCUGCCCGCCGGCGCCGUCACACCCCUCGGCUCGCCGAUAUGGAGCCCCCGUUCCUGGCAGCUGCUGGAUAGCGAGAUGGACAUGACCAACUGCGAAUACUACGCCUGGGAGCCGUCAGACGAUCCGUUCGCUGACGAUGGCGCCAUCUGGAGUCAUCACUUCUUCCUCUACAACCGCGACCGCAAACGCGUGGGAUACUUCUACCUGCGUGGCAUCUCCGCCCUCUCGCCCAGCCCGAGCAUGUCCAUGUCUCUCAUGAGCAAGUUUAAGCAGUCUAACUUCGAGUCGAGUACUAAUGCUGGGUCACGUAAAAGGGCUGAGUACUGGCUAGGCGACCGCGCGCGCAAGGGCCUUGAGGCGUACGGCGACAGCGACGAGCUGGAUAACAUGGUCAUCGAUCAUCCGGGCGAUGUUGUCGAUGCGGAUCAAGACCGAUUUGUGCCCAUCCGCGAAAUGAGCAUGGACGCCGACUAUUACGAGAGCGAGGGCGACAGCGACGUGGAGAGUCUUGUCGAGAUGCACAAACGCAAGAGGAGCGGUGUGCGCACCAUGAGCGAGGGCAUCAUGGACCGCAUGGAGCUAUAG